CACACUUAUGAACAUUCCUCAUUAAACAUGAAUACCUUCAUCAUCUUCUUCACUUUUCUCUUCCCUCUCUUACAUACAUCAACAACAGCACAACCAUGUCCCAUCACCAGAUGUGCCCAAAACCAAGUCCCCAUACGCUUCCCUUUCUACCAACAAGCCACUAAACACCCCCAAAACUGCGGCUACCCCGGCUUUAACCUCAGCUGCAAAACCCAAAGCACAACUUACCUCAGCCUCCCAUAUUCCGGCGACUUCUAUAUACGCGAUAUCAACUAUCUCGAUCAACUAAUAACACUUUACGACCCCAACAAUUGCCUUCCCAAUCGGCUUCUUACAUUCAAUAUAUCAGGAACUCCUUUUGUUAUUCCUUUCCAUGAAAACUAUACGUUCCUUACUUGUCCUAGUGAAGUCAUCAAGUCUCGGUUUGAUAUUAUUGAAUGUAUGAGUAAUUCGACGCAUUCGGUGUUGGCUACUUCUUCGAUGAGACUUGUGAGUUCGUUGGUGUCGUCGUAUUCGUGCCGUGUUGUCGUGGCGGCAUUGCCGGUUCCGGUUUCGUGGCCGGUUAAGGAGGACGAAGAGUUCACGGCUGAACUUGGUGGUGAUAUUCAAUUGACUUGGUAUGUACCUCAAUGUGGGGAUUGUGAAGCACAAGGUGGGAUUUGUGGGUUUAAAAGCAAUAAUAGUGACGAAAUUGAUUGUUUUCGUCGUCUUCCUGAAUCAAGCCAAACAGGCAAUGGUCUUAGAGUUUUCGGGAUCAUCUGCUUGUCAAUUGCUGUACCGGCACUUGCGUGCGCAACCGGGAUCGCCCUCUUCGCAUGCUGCUUCAGCAGUCGCAAUCAUGCUGGGGAAAGCCCCAUGCAACGGAACAACAGACCUGCGGCAGUGCUGCCGCAACCUGCGGUUGUCGUAACAGGGCUGGAUGAAUCCACAAUCGAAUCAUAUGAAAAGCUGGUGCUCGGUGAGAGCCGGAGAAUACCCGGCCCCAACGACAGCACUUGCCCUAUAUGCUUAUCUGAAUACCUUAGCAAAGACACUAUCAGGUGCAUACCAGAAUGCAAACACUGCUUCCAUGCAGAAUGUAUCGAUGAAUGGCUACGAAUGAACUCUACGUGCCCUGUGUGCCGGAAAUCUCCAACGGCAGAGGGUGCUACUCCACAUACCAACCCUGUUUGAUAUAUUACGAAUGAACACUUCUUGUAUUGUAUGUAUGCAAUCACAGUAGGCAUAAUAGUUCUUAUUCUUUUAUGCAUUCAAGAGAGUAGAAUAAGUAUGUUAAUGUGCAACCUA